GGUUCCUUUCCACCAACAGCUCUCCAAUACCUUCUCCCCUUCAACAUUCUGAUGUUAACACAUAAAUCUCUUUCUCACCCCUCCUUCAUUCUUCCUCACACUGUAUUCAUAAACGGUAUCUCCAACUUCUGCUAAAUAUGUGUGCUUACACUAUCUUCUCACCAGCCACCUUCCAACUUCAACAAAAGCCUCUAUUUCAAAGUGGUAUCACAUCUCCACCACCUCGCAACUGACUGUCAGAGGCAAGUAUCCUAUGAGUGCCUGCUCUUGAUUAACGGAGAAGACAAACAUACAGAGAGAUCACAUCUGUCUAUCAUCUGGAAAAGGACUGAAGAAAAAAUAUUUCCACAGAGCAGGUGAAUUUAAAAGAAAGCUCCCGCACACAUAGCUGAUACGCCACCUACUGCAAAACCGAGCUGACAGCGCAGGCGAUGCUGCCAGCAUUUCCAUUCCAUCACCAGGCUGGGGCUGAAUAAAGGCGUGCUUGUGUGGUAGUGUUUCUUUUUUAAAAAUCUCAGAGCCAAGAAGACCAGGCUGAAAUAGAAUUUUCAAAAAUGGAGCGUAAAAUAAACAGAAGAGAAAAAGAAAAGGAUUAUGAAGGCAAACACAACAGCCUGGAAGAUGCUGACCAAGGACAGAACUGCAAGUCCACACUGAUGACCCUCAACGUUGGUGGAUAUUUAUACAUUACUCAAAAACAAACACUGACCAAGUACCCAGACACUUUCCUUGAAGGUAUAGUAAAUGGAAAAAUACUCUGCCCAUUUGAUGCUGAUGGUCACUAUUUCAUAGACAGGGAUGGACUCCUCUUCAGACAUGUCCUAAACUUCCUACGAAAUGGAGAACUUCUACUGCCAGAAGGGUUUCGAGAAAAUCAACUUCUUGCACAAGAAGCAGAAUUCUUUCAGCUCAAGGGACUGGCGGAGGAAGUGAAAUCCAGGUGGGAAAAAGAACAGCUAACACCCAGAGAGACUACUUUCUUGGAAAUAACAGAUAACCAUGAUCGCUCACAAGGACUGAGAAUUUUCUGUAAUGCUCCUGAUUUCAUAUCAAAAAUCAAAUCUCGCAUUGUUCUGGUGUCCAAAAGCAGGCUGGAUGGAUUUCCAGAGGAGUUUUCAAUAUCAUCAAAUAUUAUUCAAUUCAAAUACUUCAUAAAGUCUGAAAAUGGCACUCGACUUGUACUAAAGGAAGACAACACCUUUGUCUGUACCCUGGAAACUCUCAAGUUUGAGGCUAUAAUGAUGGCCUUAAAGUGUGGCUUUAGACUGCUGACCAGCCUGGAUUGUUCCAAAGGGUCAAUUGUUCACAGCGAUGCACUUCAUUUUAUCAAGUAAUUACCUGUGUCAUGAACAAAGGCAACAAGCAUGCAGCCAGCAAGCUUCGGAAAACCACAGCAUCAAAGGCAUCCCAAAUAAUGUGUGCCGGGCCAGCUCCGUACUCAGAGCCCUGCUGCUAAUCAAUUACUGUGAGCUAACGGUAUGUAAAUUCUAUCGCUAAAGAUGCCCUUCUCAAGGGUGUUCCUGCUGAUCAGACUCUUAUACUUAAAAUGAAAACAGUGAUGUUCUAUAUAUUGUAAAUAAAGACUGAAUGCUUUUGCUAUUUGUUUACUUCUGAAGCUUUCAAUGAGAAUGUCUUGGGUCCUUGCACAAUGAACAAGCAUGUACAUUAUCUAUCAUUUAAGUAAAUGAUAAUAAAUAUGUUAAGGGGCUGUAAGAUUUAAAAUCCUUUCUGCAAAACUACAAAGAAACUGAACUGGUAAAAAUUAACUACUGAGAGCAAAGGAGAUGUGCAGAUGUACUAAGACAGAGCUAUAGUGAAACCAAAUGUAACUGUAAGAAGGUAUUAAAGUUACUGAUUUAAUUUUAACGGCAGGCACCAAAAGCUUAUUUGUAGUUCCUGUAUUUCAUGCUAUAAUUACAGCUGAAUUGACAUAUUGCUGAACAUUCCUAGAAAACUGUGUGAUGCCAAUAAAAAUAUAAA